AUGAUUCACGGUAGACCGCACGGAACACCUGCUGUGAUUGCUGCCAACGCCCUUUCCAUGCUGCCGAAGCCUUACUCUAUGCCCCUCUUUGAGCAAUGGUGUACCUCUCAGCCUUCUGGGCUGUCUCCCAACCGUUUUUGGUGCACCCCCCCUCCGGGAUGGGCGAAGUUUAAUGUGGACGCCUCCAUGCAGCAAUCGACAGUCACAGGGCUCGGGGUAGUCGUUCGGGACCACUUGGGACGGCUUCUGGUGGCCGCGGGGAGCAAAAUAGAACAUUGGGACAUUACCACGGCGGAGAUUAUGGCGGCACUUUCUAUUAAAGACAUCAUGGAGCCUUGGAUGACGGAGCUUGAUGGAAUCAUCAUUGAGGGGGACUGCCGCAAUGCUAUUAGAUGGCUUCAAGGAUCCUUUGACCGGCGAAAUCGGCUUCAUCUUCACACCGAGGGGCACGACCUUACUUUCCUGCUUGAGUUCAAGCAAGUUCUCUUCCAGUUUGUCCCUCGGGCUAGCAAUGCCCCGGCCGAUUACUGUGCUCGCUUGGCUUGUUUUG